AUGCACCGGCUAGGGAUCCGCAACGCGGAGGUGUCCGUGAUCAGCGACGACAUGAUCCAGCAAUGCGUGCUGAAGGAUGCCGUGGAUCCUGCGAAUGAGAGUGCGACGAACGACAUGGCGUCGGGCACGGACACGGUGGACUUUGCCGCUCUACGCGUGCUGUCGCUGUCGUUCAAGAACGUGUUCAAGAUCGACAACCUGGUGACGUUGAAGAACCUCGUCAAGCUGCAGAUGGACAACAACGUGAUCCAGGAGAUUGAAGGCAUCAGCCACCUCACUAGUCUCACGUGGCUGGACCUGUCGUUCAACAACAUUGCCGAGAUCAAGGGCCUCGACACCCUCACGAGGCUGCAAGACUUGACUUUAUACAACAACAACAUCUCGAAACUCGAGAACCUCGACACCCUCAAGGGUCUCCAGGUGCUGUCCGUCGGCAACAACUCCCUCGCGACCACGGACGGACUGCUGUAUCUCAAGUGCUUGGACGCAUUACGAGUGCUCAACCUCGAAGGCAACCCCGUGUGCUCAGACCCAGAGUACCGCUCAUUUGUGCUGGCACAUUUGGACAAGCUCAAGUACUUGGAUUAUUCGCUCGUGGACGUGGGCGAAGUCGUGCAAGCUAGGGAGCAAUACCAGGAUGAGCUGGAGGAAAUGAAGGAAGUCAAGGCGAUUGAAGAUGCCGCGCUCGCGAGGGAAGAAGAGUACAAAAAGUACAACGUCAUCUUAAAGCAAGCCAACAUCAACCUCUUGGAGACGCUUCUCAGCGACAUGUUCAAAGAAGAUUCGGAAAUCAGCAAGAUCGAAGUCCUUCCAGGGUUGCGCAACUUGAUUGACGACUUUACGGAAAAAGUCAAAACGGCCACGGAAGACAUCAAGGUGAUCUUAUUGGAGAAGCACGCGGCGAUCCAGCGCGAGUGCGACGGGUUCGCGCUGGAGUACGCCAAGGAGAAGGACUUGACGCAGAAGAAGAGCAUCGCCCAGUGCGAGAAGUACCGUCGGGUGGCGAAGCGGCUGUUCAAGGCGUCGGCAGCAGGUCCUCCCGCGACGGAGGCCGAGGUGGCGCGGGUGACGGCCGAGUCGCAAGCUGCGUGCAAUGAGCUCAACACGGAGCUCAUGGGAAUCGAGUCGAGUUUGGUCGAGUUUGCGCACGAUGCGAUUUCGACGUUAGAUGUGCGCAUUGAAGCUGUGGGGAACGAGUCUAGGGGCAUUGCGACCGAGCACUUUCGCAACGUCGAGCAGCUGGAAAACAAUUUCUUUGACGGUGUGACCCAGUUGGCCGCGAAUUUGCUGGAGCGACUCGCGACCGAAGAUGGCGAAGACGACGACUUCCUCAGCGACGAAUGCCGCGCGAUUCUAAACGACAGGGAUGCAUUGAACAACGCGAUCAAUGGAUCGCACGACAUCCAUAUUGGCAAACUUCUCGCCCAAGAAGACUUGAUGCGCGAGCAAAACGUGGCCAAGAUCCACGACAUCAUCAAGACGACCAAGGACGGCGAGUGGGCACGCAACCGCAAGCGCGUCGCUGAAAUCAUCAACAUGAAGGAGAAGCACUUGGCAGAGAUCCUGGCCCUGCGCGACGAGCUCAAUCGUAACGACGACGACUUCUACUAG